AUGGGUUUGGUAUACAACGACUACCUCUCCAGCGACAAGAUCUACGGCUGCAAGAACUGCAAAACUCAUCUCUCCAAACACGAGAGCCUCGUCAGCCGGAGCUUCCGCGGCCAAGUAGGCAAAGGCUACCUCUUCAACCUCGUCGUCAACUACGUCCCCGGCGAAGCGCUCGAGCGCAACAUGACGACUGGCAAGCACGUCGUGAGGGAUAUUACGUGUCGGCAGUGCAAGACCACCGUGGGGUGGAAGUACGAUAAGGCGUAUGAGGCGAGCGAGAAGUAUAAAGAGGGGAUGUUCAUUUUGGAGGCGGAGCUGUUGUGUAAUGUCACUUAG